UGUAAUUUAAAUCUUUGUUUUCUCAGAUGUGACAAUAUUGGGGUUAUAUUUGAGUUAUAUUUGAGUUUUGGACAAAAUCAAAAUGAAACAUGCCGUUUCAUUACAUUUAUAUAGCUGCCAUACAUUAAACCAGGCCUUUUUCACGUUAAAAAAACUAUUAACAGGCAAAAUAGUGAACUGAUUGACCAAGAAAAUAACUGGCACAUUAAUAGAUGAUAAGAAUAAAACAACAAUGUUUUCCUUAUUGACCAUAUUUCUACAUGUGAUUUUGUUUUGCUGCACAAACAAAUGAUGGCUUUGUGUUUUCUUCACGUGUCAAACCUUGUGGGGAGAAAACAAUGAACAGGAACGUGUCGACCAGUGGCUACUCCAGCUUUACAGACUCGCAGCUAUUCUUCGGGUCUCAACUUUGGCCCGACAAUUCUCAGAGCAUGUCUCAGGAAAUAAAUUUGUCGUCCAGUUCACAAGAGGCGAGUGACCCAAAGUUUGCAAGCACUUAUCACACCAAACCUCUCCUGUUUGGAGACGCGAAGGGUAAAACCAGAGCUUUAGGAAUACUGGAUAAAUUUGAAGAAGAAAGAAAAAAGACCAAAGAAAACAAUGUCAGCGAACUUUUAGCCAAAGAAAGUCAACAUACAAGAGAAACUCUCAACAAUAUCCAACAACUAGUCGCUGGCACAGAGAGAAAUAUGGCUGUGGUCCAAACAGUCCUUGAAAAUUUUGACAACUUUGCAUCAAUUUUGCACAAUAAUAUGAUUGGUCUUCAGAACGACAUUUCCCAGUAUUCUGAGAUUCUGGUAACUAAAUUGAACUCCCACAACGAGGUGAUGACGAAGUUGGAGGAUAGUGUGAAAAAGAGUGCAGACACCACAGCAGAACUUGGUUCAAAUCUGCAAAUCUUGAAGAGUAGUCUUGAGAGUUUGAGAGAGGAGCAGGAGAGAGAACGGAACUUGCUUGCAGAGGCCCUGAAGCUGCUCAGCACCCUUGUCUCGGAGCAUUCAGCCAAACCCGGCCCUCAGAGAGUGAUGGACAGGAGCAUCCAGACUUUACCGGAACUGGAACAGUCGGCCUCCAGCAUCCUUCAGAACAAAGAGCUCAAAGGCACAGCACUCACGUGCACACCGCACAACCUUGAACACAAACAGGUUGAAGUUCCACCUCAGGAUCACAGCUGCAGCAUUGGAAAGAGGAAAUCCAGAAGCCAAAGGAAGCGCACAAAGAAAGCGCCGACGCUCUCACAGAGGAGUAAACGCAAAGUCUCUGAUGAAAACAGUUCAUCUCUGAUAAACUGUAAGAAAGUGCAGAAACUUUUAUCACCCCGCAGUAAGCGCUGUGAUCUGAAGAGGAGAACCAGCCGGGACAACACAGACUGUCUGUCAGUGCUCUGCAGGGAGAAGAGGACCAGUAAAGCUGCAGGGUGUCUCCUCACCCCCCUCAGCUGCUGGUCUCAGGACAGCAACAGCCCUGCGUGCCUGGUGGGAAUCGAACCCAUCUUAGAGACCAAGACAGCGACCCCAGUGAAUGGCUUCUGGCAGUUGUUUGGCAUAGACUGUGAUUCUGAUUUUGGCUUUUAGAGGAUGAGUAAAAGAUUCAUGGCAGUGUAGCGUUUGUGUUCCCAUUUCUGAAGACAAAAAAGUGAUUUAUUUUUAUACUAUUAUAUUUAUUAUUAUUGUGGCUGUGUUCAGUUAUUUAUGGAUUCUGAGUUUGAAGAAUGUGAUAAAUGUGUUUGUCUACUUACAAAAACAAAUGUUGCAGGUAACAAUUAAGUUUCUUUGCCUACUUAAAAAAAAUAAUAACUUAUUCAUUACUCAUACUGUUGACUUUAAAAUAUAAAUGAACUGAAAAGUUUGGCAAAUAAAUACUUAUUCUUUUGGAAUUUCAUCUACAAUGUAACUGAUGUUUGAACUUGGCUCUGGUAAAGAUAUGUUGUGUUGUAGAAGUGUAAUUACUUACCACCAAUAACCUGCUUCAUGUUCGGCUGUUCUUCUAACAUCUAGUUUUUCAUUUUGUUGUGUAAGACUGCAUUUGUUCAAAACUUUUAUAACAAAUAA